AUGUCGGCUCCCCCGGGCGACCCAAUGGAUAUCACCUCCAGCAACAGCAACAGCAGCAGCAACAGUAACAGCAAUAGCAUUAACAACAACAACGCUACCAUGGCAGCUCCAAGUAAUUCGGAUUCCCUACCGCCGCCCAAGAGCCCGGUCGAGGAUACAUUAAACGCCCAGGCAGCCCCCAAUGGCCGACCGCAACUCUCAUCCGCAAACGAUCAGUUGUCUCCCGAUAACAUCAUCAUGCCAGCACCGGCUGCCGCUGCCCCCGCGGUUCACCAGCCCAAGAUUGUUCAGACGGCCUUCAUCCAUAAGCUAUAUAACAUGUUGGAGGAUAAGUCGAUACAGCAUCUGAUAUCAUGGUCACCCACCUCUGAGAGCUUCGUCAUGCAGCCGUCGCAAGAGUUCUCCAAGGUCUUGGCUCAAUACUUUAAACAUACCAACAUUUCCUCCUUCGUUCGCCAGCUCAACAUGUACGGAUUUCACAAAGUGAGCGAUGUCUUCCACCAUGGAGCUCCAGACGCCACCAUUUGGGAGUUCAAGCAUGGCAACGGCAACUUUAAACGCGGAGACCUGGUUAGCUUGCGGGAGAUUAAGCGUCGAGCUUCUCGGCAUUCUCUGGUACAUAGAGAGUACAGCAACAACCAGAAGGCUCCGCCAUCACAACCAGGUACCCCGGCCGAGCCUAUGCCUCCCAUGCAGGAAGUUCAAGGAGGAGAUCCUCGGCUGAACAAUAUCGAGCAUACUCUAUAUGAUCUCAGCACUCGACUUCAGCGGCAUGAAGAGAACGCCCAGUUUAUGCAUAUCAAGCAUCAGGCCAUUAUGGACACGGUAUCGCGUUUGCUUCAGUUCAACCAUGACCUUUCCCGGGCCGUUCUUGCUCUUGCUCCUUCUCCUGACAACCCGAUACACCACGACGUAUCGUCUUUGCAAGGGCAGGUUCAGCGCCAGAUGGAGGAGUUCCGCUCGCUAGAUGAGCCUCACGGGUCGGUCUUCGCUAGUACCCGUCCUUACUUUUCCAAUGUGGAGAAUGCCCCCGUAUCACCGCGGCAGAUGCCCCAAGACGACCCGCGAAGAUCUGGCUCUACUUUGACGGUUCCCGGUCAACCACCUCGGCUUCCAACUUACAACAAUUAUCGUCCUGCCGUCCCUUCAAACCUGUCGAUAAGUACUCCGGGUCGUAGGCCGUUUGGCUCCACUAGCGGCAACUCGACAGGGACAUCGCCAUCUUCCCUCCGCCCGCACCCGCCGCCUCCACCUCCGCAUCCGCUGUCGAGCGUUGACCUGCACCCGGGCUUGGCUAGGAGACAUACCUCUGCUGACAUCCGUGCUGCCGGCUGGCAAGGCAACCCUCCUCCUCCUAACCCUCCUCCGACCUUCUCUGGCCCUCCAUCCUCGCAAUGGCCUUCGUCGCCAAAUCGUCCUGGGUUUUCCGAAGACCAACGUAUUCGCGAUUCGUUUUCACACUACUCUCUGCAGUCUGCUUCGCAUCCUCGUUCCAGGCCAGCGUCGCCGCCUCCUCCUCCGACCUUCUCUACUAACGGUGGAGGGGACACUUUUGGGAAUUGGUCUUGGAACUCGGCUGGCCGUGAUAACAAGAAUCUUUCGGUGAGGGAUCACUCGGCACCGCCCACGAGGAGAGGAAGCAUGGCCCAUAUCCUGAACCCAACCGAUACUGCGGAAAGAGACGACGAGGACGAGGAUCCCCGAGGCGAUGAAGACCGCAAACGAAAACGUCUGAUCUGA